AUGUUCAAGUUUCCAGGGGUUGCUUUCAUAACCGGCGCUGGUGGGACGGGCAUCGGGGCAGCUGUUGCCAGAGGGUUUGCCCGAUCAGGGUGUUGGAGAAUCGCUAUCACAGACCUCAACAGAAAGUCACUAGCAGAUACAAGAGAUGCCAUCCUUCAGAUUGACCCGAAAGCUCAGAUCGUGAGCCGGGAAGGGGACAUCGCGGACGAGGGCUUCGUCAACUCGUUCGUACGAGAUGUCGCCAAAAGGUUCUCACGCAUCGACUAUGCUGUGAGCUGUGCCGGGAUUCUAGGCCAAUCAUUACGGUCGCAUGAGACAUCAACGGCUGCGUUUGAUCUCAUUACAAAUGUGAACUACAAAGGCAGCUGGCUGGCUUCCCGGGCAGUAUUGAGCCACAUGCUACGACAGAAACCACACGAAGAUCAUCCCGGGCAGCGUGGAGCCAUCGUAAACAUCGCGAGCCAGCUCGGCGUCGUGGCACGACCAGCAGCCGCCCCCUACUGCGCAUCGAAGGCUGCAAUCAUCAACAUGACUCGGUCAGAUGCUAUUGAUUACUCACAGGACGGGAUCAGGGUGAACUGCGUCUGUCCAGGUGUCAUCGCAACACCGAUGACCACGGCAUCGGAAGAGCUGAUCCAGAGAUUGAGGCCAGCGAUUGACAUUGCACCGAUGAAGCGAAUGGGUACACCCGAAGAAGUGGCCAACGUAGUGCUGUUCUUAUGCUCAAGUCAAGCCUCGUUUGUUCAGGGCCAUGCAUUAGUGGUGGAUGGAGGAUAUACGAUCAACUAA